CGUUUCUUCUCAACCUAAUAACAUCACAGAAGAUGGACAUCUCCACAAAAACAAAACCAAAACAAAAUAAACAAUCAAGAAAUGUUUAUUCUCUUUAGAGCAGUUCUUGCUCUGUUCUUUACUCUGUUUCACAUCUCUCAUGGCUACUUCGUCCCAACAGGAUCCGUAGGAAUCGGCUACAACGGCUACUUCACUUUAACCAACACAACGAAACACACACACGGUCAAGCUUUCGACAGCGACCCAGUUUCAUUCACAAACUCAUCAACAAACAUCACAACAUCUUUCUCAGUCAACUUCUUCUUCGCCAUCGUCCCUGAGCAUGACCUGCAAGGCUCACACGGUAUGGCUUUCGUUAUCUCUCCAACAAGAGGCCUCCCCGGAGCUUCCUCUGAUCAGUACUUAGGAAUAUUCAACGAAACUACCAACGGUAAAGCUUCUAACAACGUGAUAGCUAUCGAGUUAGAUAUACACAAAGACGAGGAGUUUGGUGAUAUCGAUGAUAAUCAUGUUGGGGUUAAUAUUAACGGUAUGAGAUCCGUUGUCUCUGCUUCUGCUGGUUACUAUGAUGAUAAAGAUGGAAAGUUUAGGAAUCUUUCUUUGAUUAGUAGAGAGGUAAUGAGGCUUUCUAUAGUUUAUAGUCAACCUGAUAAGCAGCUCAACGUUACUCUCUUCCCUGCUAGCAUCUCUGUUCCGCCUCGAAAACCGCUUUUGUCCUUGAACAAAGACCUCUCUCCCUAUCUGCUAGAAGAGGAAAUGUAUCUUGGAUUCACUGCAUCUACUGGUUGGGUUGGUGCAAUCCAUUACAUGAUGGGUUGGUUCAUCAGUGGAGAAAUCGAGUUUCCGAGGCUGGAUUUUGGUAUGCUACCAGUCCUUCCACGGUAUCCGAAGAAAGCAUCUCACAGAACAAAGACCAUUCUAGCCGUCUGCUUAACUGCAUCAGUAAUCGCUGCAUUUAUCGCCUCGUGGAUCGGUUUCGUCUUUUACUUGAGGCACAAGAAAGUCAAAGAGGUUCUUGAGGAAUGGGAGAUUCAGUAUGGACCUCAUAGGUUUGCUUACAAGGAGCUUUUCGACGCCACAAAGGGUUUCAAGGAGAAACAACUUCUCGGAAGAGGAGGUUUCGGUCAAGUCUACAAAGGCGCUCUUCCGGGUUCUGAUGCAGAGAUCGCGGUGAAACGGACUUCUCAUGAUUCAAGACAAGGGAUGAGCGAGUUUCUAGCCGAGAUAUCGACCAUCGGUCGGCUUAGACAUCCAAAUCUUGUAAGGCUUUUGGGGUAUUGUAGGCAUAAAGAAGAUCUCUACUUGGUUUAUGACUUCAUGCCUAAUGGUAGUCUUGACAAGUAUCUGUAUUACCGCAACAAUGAGAAUCAAGAACGGCUUACUUGGGAGCAACGUUUCAAGAUUAUUAAAAACGUUGCGUCUGCUUUACUGUAUCUGCAUCAAGAAUGGGUGCAAGUCAUCAUUCACCGAGAUAUCAAACCGGCUAAUGUUCUUAUCGACCAUGAGAUGAAUGCAAGGCUAGGGGAUUUCGGAUUGGCUAAGCUGUAUGAUCAGGGUUUUGAUCCGGAAACAUCUAAAGUAGCGGGAACGUUAGGUUAUAUCGCACCAGAGUUUUUAAGAACUGGUAGAGCAACUACCAGCACUGAUGUUUAUGCAUUUGGGCUGGUUAUGCUUGAAGUAGUCUGUGGUAGGAGGUUGAUAGAGCGACGUGCAGGGGAAGACGAAGAGGUUCUUGUGGAUUGGAUUCUUGAUCUUUGGGAGAAAGGAGAAGACAUUCUUGUUGCGGUAGAAGGGAACAUACGUCAAGAACAAAACAGAGGACAGCUUGAGCUUGUUUUGAAGCUUGGUGUGUUGUGUUCGCAUCAAGCUCCAUCAGUUAGGCCGGCUAUGAGUGCGGUUAUGAGGAUCUUGAGUGGCGUUUCGGAGCUUCCGGAUAAUCUUCUUGAUGUGGUGAGGGAUGAGAAGUUGAGAGGCUGUCAGGAGAAACCAAUGGAACUGCUUUUUGAUGUGAAUUCUUUGGGUACAUCAACGUAUACAGAUUCUUUAGUCUCACAUGCACGCUGAAUAUUGAAAUGAAAGUUGAUUCUUUGGUUACUAAGAUCUACGAAUCUGAGACAUGCAUAUUCACAAUUGAUAAUAUGUUUUGUAAAUUGUAAUAGCAGCAACACAGCUCAUUAUCUUUCUUUUUUUUGGUCUGUUUAUUACUUUAUUAGGUAUAAACAAUACUAAAUACUAAUACACAAUACUACGUAUUCUCUAGUCUCA